UGAUUAUUGUAGUGCAGUGCAGUGAUCACGGUGAUUUCCAAAAGGUUAGGUGAGGUUAGAUUGGGAGGUAAAGUGAGGUUAUAACAAAACAAUUGAAAAAUAUCCUAGAAUAAAGAAUUCAAGAUGUAUAGCUUCCGACUUAAAUCACUUUCAAAGUUACUGCCCCGAAAGACCGCUAUACAAAGUGUGCCUUCACAUAACUACAGUACUUCCACACAGCCUGCAGUGACAAGUCCCCAACAGGAUUAUGAGAAGCAACUAAAAGAUUUUAAUACGUUGAAAAAUAUUACUAGAAAACCUCGUACUAAAAAACCGCAGAGAGCUCCUUUCAUGAAAGAAUUGUUAAUAGGAAACUUUGAUACAGAGAUCCUCACCUAUCCUCAAUUGGAUCGAAAAGAAGAAGUUGAAGAGAUACAAGUUGAUGCUCAGACAGUACAGAAACUUUUAGGUCAAAAUCAUAUGGUGAACUGUACAAGCUUAGGUGAUAAAAACUUCAGGCAAAACUUAGCAGACUACAAAAUGAUAGGUCUACAAGCCUCUCAAUACAUAAAUGGGAGAGAAUGUGGCAUAUCAGAGACCAUGAGAUACCUAGAAGCCCUGUCAGAACAUAGCCUUAGAGACAGUAUUAUAACCCACGAACAAUUAAGUGUUCAAACUCUGAAUAAAUAUGCCAAUGAGAUGUUGAAACAGAAAUAUCUUCCAAGAAUUAUGGCUGGCGAGUCUUUAGCUGCAAUGUGUUUGUCAGAAGCUCAUGUAACUGAUAUUACUGGAUUUGGUACAAAAGCAGACUUGUCCAGUGAUGGGAAGUCAUGGGUAUUAAAUGGUGAAAAAACAAUGGUAAUCAAUGGAGUCUCUGCAGAUGUUCUGAUAGUUUUUGCAGUGACCAAUGUUAUAAAGCGUGAUGUUGAAGAAGAUAAAAGAAUUACUGCAUUUGUGAUAGAAAAAGAUUCUCCAGGUGUAUCAUUUGUGAAAAAUGACAGCACAUCAGUUGAAACUGCCUCUAUAAGGUUUGAAAAUACUACAAUUCCAAAUGAAAACGUUAUAGGGGAAGUUGAUAAGGGGGUAGAUAUACUGAAUGAGAUAAUACUAGACUAUAGGCUGAGUAUUGGACCGCCUUGUAUAACUUUGACGAAGAAAAUUCUAAACACUCUCUCAAAUGAAAUAAUUAGGAAAUCUGACGAUGUGAACUUAAUAUAUAAGACAGAUGCAGUCAGAAGCAUUAUUGCAAAGAUCACAUCAUCUAUCUUUGCCAUGGAGAGUGCAACAUAUUUAACUUCUGGCUUGCUUGACAGUUUUGAAAAUCAAGAUUGCCAGAUGGAAAGUUCUAUAGUGAAAGUAUUUUGUUCUGAGAAGCUUUGGGAAGCGUCAAACCUUUGCUUAGAUUUGACAGGAACUGUUGCAAUAUCCGAUUCCCACUUUGCUAACAAAUAUCACAAAGAGGCUCUUCCUUUUGUCAGCCUGCAUGACCCCAAUGACAGCUUGAAAAUUAUCAUAGCUCUCUUAGGACUACAACACGCAGGCGUAAGCCUCAACGAAAAAAUUCAUAAAAUAAGAAACCCACUGUACUUUAGUGCAUUUGCAUUUAAACGAUUCUUUACGGGCAGAAGAAAUGAUGACGAUGAUCCAAAGCUAGACUUGGAGCUUCAGGAAUACCUCCAUCCAACUUGUUAUAAAGCCUCUAAGAACUUAGAGUAUUGUGUAAAAAGGUUGGAAUUUGCAACUGAAAUAAUGUUAGGAAGGUAUGGACCGGCGGUUAUCAAUUACCAUAUGGAUCUCAGAAGAUAUGCUGAAUGUAUCAUUGAUACAUAUAUUUUGGUAGCAUGCCUAGGCAGAGCGUCAAGAUCAUAUUGCAUUGGCCUUCGAAACGCAGACUGUGAAAUGCUUGUGGCAGAUACCAUCUCAUUUAAUACGAAACAAAAAGUUCAAUAUUUAGUCAAAGAAAUCCAUGGGGGACAUUAUGCGACCAACGACGAAAACUACAGGCAGAUUGCUAAACGAGUCUUCAAAGCGAAAGAAUAUGCGUUAGAGCAUCCUUUGAAGAGGAAUUUCUAAGUUAUUUAUGUAGAUUAAGUUGUUGAAGUGUAAAUAUUUGUAUACUACAUUACUGUUAUAAAAAUCAUUGAUGAAAACUGACUUGAGACUUUCAUAUUUUAAGCCAAUCCUAAAGUUUCCAUAACGUAGUUCAACACGGAGUGUAAUUGAAGUAGUAACGAGAAUACAAAUACACCAGUUUAACACAAGAA